AACAUCUGUUUGAUUGUCAGGUAACAACACUUAGUUUCGGUGCUUUCCGAAAAACACUUGGUUAUGGUUUUGAAACAUGAAUCAUCGUCAUUAUUCUAGUUGGGAUUUAAUGUGUACUCAUUUAGCGUUUAGAAGCCAGGUCGUGUGAAGUUGAACGGGAGCCAUUCUUUUGGGAAAUUGAAAUAUCUAAUGUUAACAGUUAUGUUGAUGGGUUUGUGGAUUAUUCAAUUUCAUGGAUCUGUAGAGAUGGAAAUACGAUGGUCAAUUGUUUAGCUAAGUUUGCAAAAAAUUGUAUAAAAUAUGAAUUCUUGUAUAACUAGGAAAUAACAUAGUGACAAACUGGGGGUGGCGGACAUGGGAAUAUUAAGGUAGAUGUGUGAAAAAACUAUAAAUGAUAGAAUACAAAAUGACCGUAUUAGAGAAAUAGUAAGAGUAACUCCAAUUGAGGAUAAGUUAAGAGAUAAUAGAUUAAGAUGGUUUGAUCAUGGUCAACAGAGGCUGAUAGUGGCACCGGUUUAAAAAAAUGAUAGAAUUUAUCUUAAUGACAUUAGAAAUAGGGGUAGAUUUAAAUAAGCAUUUAACAAAAUAAUAAGAAAAGAUAUGAACAUAUAAAUGAGCGUAUAGCGUAUGAUUGAAAUGAAUGAAAAGAUAGACUCAUAUAGCCGACCCCAAAUGAUUGGAACAUAAAUCUUGGUUUAAUUUGGUUUGGUUUAGAGAGGAUUAUCCCUUUUUUUUAAUACCUUUCAUCUAGAAUGAUAUACUCUGAAAAAUUAUAUGAAUCAUAUGAUUAAUGAAAAUUCUCGAUCGUUUCUAUAAAAAAAAAAAGUCUAGUUUUACUCUAUUUAUUUUGUUAUCGAAUAUGUUUUUUAAAAUAGGGUGUUAUUGGAGAUGCUCGUGCAAUUAAAUUCUCUUUUUUUUUCCUGAAAAAUGAUGAAGCAAUUGGAUCAAAGGAUAGGCAGCAGACCAUGUCACUUCAAUAUUACCCUAAUACAAUCUUGAUAUCUUGCCAAUUCUUAAAGUUAGACCAAGAGGGAUUAAUCCCUCAUAAAUAUUUUAGUCCUAGUAUGACUGACUUGUCUUUGAUUAGACCGAAAAAAUAAGUAGUCGAAGUGCACGUAAACUAACCCGAACACCCCUGAUUGUUAAACCCAAAAAAAAAUGAUCUAUGUAAAAUCAAUAGUUGAAAUGGUUUAUAGACAAAAGGCCCAUGUUUUAGCCCAUUACGAACGGAUCCCAUUGCCUGCUUGGCUACUUCUACUUCGCACCGAGAGAGAGACUUCAGAGCCAGUGUUCCAAAUAUGGAGGGGAAUGUCCAGAAACAAAUAUACUCUCUCUCUCUCUCUCUCCUCUCCAAUCUUUGCCACGGGAACCUCAUCCCUUCUCUCACCAGAGCUGGGUAGAAGGUAGGCAAUUCAAAGAUAGUGAGACAGAGCCAAUAAUCAUAGGGGGUAUGGUGUUGGACAUACAUGCCACUCCUUCAAUGCGUUGUAAUCCCAGGACCACUACUCCUGGCAAGGUCCUCUAUACAUUAGGAGGUGUGGCAAGGAAUGUUGGUGAGUGCAUGUCGAAGCUUGGAGUGAAGCCUUACAUGAUAAGUGCUGUGGGACUUGACAUGGCAGGAAGUUUGCUUUUGGAGCACUGGAAAUCUGCUGGAUUAUCUAUAGAAGGCAUUCAAAGGCGCCAAGAUAUUGAGACUGCUGUUGUGUGCAGUAUCUUUGAUGUUCAAGGAGAAUUGGCAGCUGCUGUUGCUAGCGUAGAAGCAAUUGAAAAAUUUCUCAGUCCUGAGUGGAUUCAACAAUCUAAGUGCAAUAUCUCUUCUGCUCCAGUGUUGAUGGUUGACGCAAACUUAAGUCCUGCUGCUCUGGAAUCCUCCUGUCAAAUGGCAGCAGAAGAUGAUAUUCCCGUUUGGUUUGAGCCUGUAUCAGUUGCAAAAUCCAAAAGAGUUGCUUCAGUUGCCAAGUAUAUAACUUUUGUCUCUCCCAAUGAAGAUGAACUUAUUGCCAUGGCCAAUGCUCUAUCUGGCAGAGACGUCUUUUGUCCAAAUCAAAUAGAUAAUAGAAGUGUUAAAGCUUCAAAGGAUUCCCUGUUUCAAAUGCUUAAACCAGCGAUCUGGGUUUUGCUGGAGAAAGGUAUAAGAGUAGUUAUUGUGACUCUUGGAUCAGAUGGAGUGUUUUUAUGUUCCAAAGGAGAGCCCGAAUUUAAUAGAUCCAAUUUCCAGAGAAAAAACCCUUAUGGUUACCAUAGACAGUUAUAUGAAGCUGUAAACUCAUGCUGUCCCCCAAAUCGGUUCUUUGGUGCUACAAAGUCUGACAGAAGCUCUACAUUUUUUGCUGUCCAUUUCCCUGCACUUCCUGCAUCAGUCGUAAGGCUUACAGGGGCAGGAGAUUGCUUGGUUGGUGGGACACUAGCUUCUGUUUGUGCAGGUUUAGAUGUCAUACAAAGUGUUGCAGUUGGUAUUGCAGCUGCCAAAGCUACUGUUGAGGUGGAUGCCAAUGUGCCUGCAGAAUUUUGUUUGACCAAAAUUGCAGAUGAUGCAAGGUCUGUAUACUUCGAUGCCAAAGUCAUAUUCUGUCAAUCGAUGUUGUAGAUCAUGGGAAGUAUAUCAAGUGCAUUGGGAAUCAGAUCUGUUUCCCUUGCUUUUUGUCUCUCAUAGUGAAGUUGAUCAAGGUGACCAUGACCACAAUUACAUUAUCUUUUACUGAAUGGUAACAAGCCAAUCUGUGCUUACUUUGUAUCCUAAAAAAAUUAAAAAUUCUUACUUUGUACUUGAUUUUAUAUAUUGUACCCUUAAUAUAUUAAAC